UGUAUGUGAUGAGGAACCCGAAGGAUGUCCUGGUGUCCCUCUAUCACUUUGCUCACAGUUGUGUCAUGUUGGAGACACCAAAGAGCUUUGAGGAUUUCUUUCAGGACUUCCUGGAUGGCAAUGCUUUUAUGGGAUCGUGGUUUGAUCAUGUGAGAGAAUAUUACAAUGAGAAAGACCAGAUGGACAUACUUUUUGUCAAGUAUGAAGACAUGUUGAAGGACAUCAGAGGGGAAGUCUUGAAACUUUGUGCUUUUCUGGGAAAAGCUUUGACUGAUGAAACCAUCGAUCAUGUUGUGGAGAUGUCCUCCUUCAAACACAUGAAGACAGACCCAAACGCAAACUAUAAAGAUUUAAUUGAAAAACAGCGCUACCAGAAGGAAACCAUGCGCAAAGGUGUGGCAGGCGACUGGAAGAAUUUCUUCACAGUAGCCCAGAAUGAGCUUUUUGACCGAGUGUUCGCAGAGAGGAUGAACGACUUGUCUCUGAGCUUCACCUGGGAGAUCAAACAGUAGCUCCAUUACAAUUCAUCCAUUCAGUAUGGAUAGUUAGGGAAAUGCAUUCUGCAGAAAGGGCAUUAAAGAAUAAGUCUGGUGUUAUUCUGUUUUUUGUUUGUUUGCAGUUUUUUUCAAUUCUUUGCAUCUCUCCUAGCCUUUCUGUGGCACUCACAAACUCAUUUGUUCAUACACAGAUCACAGAUCUUCAGUUUAAACCUCUUUUCCACCAAGCAGUCCGGAUCAGUUCAGUUCAGUUUGGUACACACUGAAAUGGUUAUUUUUCUGUUUCCAUGGUGAAACGUUGUGGAUGGUACCAGUAGAACUGGUCCUAACGAUCCCCUUUUUCGUCAUCCCUCCUGGCACACUGAUCUGGUUAACCCUAACUCAUUACACUUUGGAGAAUACUGUGCAGCCCUUAACUCUGGUUCUCUAAAUUUGCAAUCAGCCAUCAACAUUUGAGAGUUCCUGGUAUAGUAUGUCUUGAAAAAUGACAGAAAAAAAGGAUUAGUAAAGUAUAUCAUAAAGGUCACACACACAGUGUAUAGUAUGCCAUAGAAAAUGCCAUUAAAAUUCACAGUAUGUUGUAAAGAUUAGCACUCUUAUAAUUCCAACAUUUCAUAGUGCUACCCAAUCACAAUACUAUUGCCAUAAAACAUUAUUUUUUCUCUUUUUUUUCUUUUUGUAUGUACAGUGUAUGUCUACUUUAUGUGGCCUAAGUUGGAUUGGUUUGAUUUAAAACUUUCUCCUUCAUGUUCUGGUGAUAGGGGUGAGU